GUCAUCAGGGCGCGACGGACAGCGGAUACCGGAAGCGGAUGUCCAGUGUGGAACGCAAAGUAGCAAUACAAACAACAUGGACAGGUUCGUCAUCAGAAACCCCAAACCACAGGCCGAGAAGGGUCCAGCUGUGAAAAAGAAAGGCUCCAUGGGCCAGGCCACCCUGUUUUCCUUGAAGAGGGUGGUGGUGCUGGAAGAUAUAAAGAGAUGGAAAUGUAUUCUGGAGCUGCCCAGCCAGACUAAAGAGAAUCUCCUGGAAGCCUUAUCACAGCUGAAGAAGAAAAUUCCCUCAGAAGAAGUAAUACGAACAACAAAAAUCGGCGAGGCAGUGGAGGGCCUGCAGACACACUCUGAUAGUGAAGUAUCUGAACUAGCUAAGGAAGUUUACUCACAAUGGGAAACAUUUUUAAGAGAAAAACGUUGCAAACCCACCAUAGAAGUUAGAAGUGAUCCUACUACAGAGAAACUACGCAACAAUGCAAGGCGGAUGUUGUGUGAAGCCCUAGAAAAGGAGGUUGGCGACUCUUUGGCUGAGUGUAUUGAACGUGAGGCCUUCCACCAAAGUUCCCGUCUGAUCAAUGUUCACUACCGAAGGACGGUUCGCACUCUGGUGUUUGCUUUAAAGCACAAGCCAGAGAUACGAUCACAAGUGAAGGAUGGACACUUACCUGUCAAUAAGUUAGUGCAGACUCAUAAGAAGUAAUAUGCUGCGAUCAUAAGGACUGAGCAUGGCCUCAAUUAUCCUAUUCAUUGAACAUCACUGACCAGAUACAGGCGGCUCUCGGGUGUUCUGCACACAGUAUAGGAGAAGAUCUGAUCAAGUCGAAAUUUUUAAUAAUAAGAUGAAUUCCUAGUCAAUGGACAAUACAUAUGGAACUCUAUGUAAUAAUUGCAGGUAUUUAUUUUUUUACUUUUUUAACAUAGAAUAAAAAUGCUGCUUCAUCUUAAAGGAUGAUAUGUUUGACUUUU